GCUAAGCAUCGAAUACAGGCGGCUGGUAUCUGGUCCUCAUGUCCGACAGCGAUGCUGGAGCCGCGCCAAGCGCUAUGCUAACUGCGUUGCUCGGAAGAAGUAAUAUUGUAACCACGUUGCAGAGAGGCAGUAACGUAUCGCUUCUCGUGGUACGUUCUGUUGUAGCGUUCUCGAGAGUAACUGGGUGUGUCUUAUGUUUCCAUAUGUGCGCGAUAUUUCAAAUUCUACCCGGAAAAUGUAGCAGUUUGGAUUAAGAUGCAGCAUCAGGCAACUGGUUUCAGUGGGUGCUUAUUCCAGACUGGUUGAUGGGCCUGUAGGAGGUCGACCCAUGGUGCACAGCAUUAUGUAGAGACGCUUGUCAGGACGUAGAGGGGUGCUGUCGUCUGCUGCCUUUGGCAUAAAAGGAUUCGAACAGAUCUUCAACGUAGAAAACGUAAACAGUGAUAUCCAACAGAUCAUUAACGUCGAAUACGUAGACAGUGAGAGUAAAGGCAAACUCGAGUAGAGAACUUCACUUAGUGCUUUGAUUCUCGUUGCACAUUCGUAAGGAAUUCGUGAACUUGCUCGGUUGCUGUGCUUGGUCGUUAAAGAUGUAGCUUGCAGGUGCUAUAUGAUACGUCAGUGGUGGUUCCGUCAGCUGAUAGCCUACCUUACCAAAGCUUUCCCAGGUGAAAGCUAACUGGGACGAGCUGUGCUAGUCACUAAGAGCCUACUGGAUGCUAACAGUAGCGCAUAUACGAGUUGUUUUUAUUUUUUCUUGUGUUGGGAUUCUUCAUGAUGGCCUACAAUCGAUAUAACUGGAGGUUAUCACAGAUUAAAGAAGAGAUCGAAAGUUUAGACCUGAGUCUUGGCAUGGAUGAUGAGUCGUUCCGUUUCAAGAACCUAAAAUUGGAUGGUCCAGAUGUGCCUAAUAGUCCCACUGGUUAUAAAAGCGAUGGGUCUAUAUCUCCUAUAUAUUGCUCCACGGAUAAAGUAUUGAAGAAAGAGGAGGUUAUGACAGAGGAGGAGAUAGCGAAUGCGUCUGUGAAAAAGAUUAAGGACAAGUACGAUUCGUUAGAGAGGAUGCAGAAACACAUGGGCAAGAAGCCCCUAGGGCCACCGCCCACGGAUAAUGGAUUUGACUUUGAGUCGUUACCCCCACCGCCUGUACUUUCACUGGAUCUUCCGGAGUUCCCGCGGUUGGAGAUCCCACCACCGGUGUCACCAACUCUGGCUCCCAGUCCGCAAGCAGAGGCGUCGCUACAGGAAGCAGUAUUCCAGCAGUUCGAGGCUGCACAAGCACAGCAGGCUGCUGAGCAGGCAGCAGAGGCAGGGAUAGAGACAGUUACUGAUGAUGACAUCAUGCAGGUUGAAAUGUUCUAUAGGAGUCACCGAUCAAGUGUGUAUGUCUGUCCUGGAUUAGCAAACUUAUACUUCGGGACGGCUAAGCAGAACGGAACUGGGGACAAUUGGCAAUUGUUUCGGACUGGUAUCCCUGUGAUGGUGAUUGACACUGGUGAUGGGCGGAGGAAUCGGAAAGCACAUCUAAUUCUUGCCGAGAAAGGUUCAGGGUUUAUUCUCUGGAAGGACAACCUUGACCAUUUAUCACAUUUUAAGGCGAUGCACCCGAACUUUCACACCAUGUUUCUGUCAAGUGAUCACACAAAGCUGGCUGGGUUUAGCUAUGACGAUGUUGGCGCUGCUAAUGAUUUCUUGAGUUCGUUACAAAAAGUCAUGUCUGAUCCAACAGACGAACUAUUCAAUAUGUCAAAGAAAAAGAAAAAGAAGGAAAAGAAACAAAAACAAAAAUACAAGGCUCCCAAGAAAACAGACAUUUCACAGCCAUGCUGUUUUAUGCACGUGACUAAGUUAGAACGAUCGGAUCGAGAACAUUAUGCUGGUUUGGUGCCUCCACCGAAUACAGACACUGUGGAAAGAGCAAAGAAUUACGUCACGAUGCGAUCCACGCCCAAGUAAUGGAGUUCGGGAAAGAUUCCCUUUUUCGUUAGGGUGAUCUUCGAAACACUUCUUCGGGAAAUGUGCUAAUAUAUGAACAUUCUGUGAGAUAGAACCUCGGUUUUGAAUGAAUGGAAGGCUAAGCUGUGAUGUUUUUGAAUUUCUUGUUGGAAAUGAUAGGCUGUUGUGGGUGGAAUACUCAAAGGACUGAACAACUCUUUCUGGGAUAAUGAUGUGCACUUGUUGGGUACUCGUCCUCACUGUAAUGUGGUGGGAGUACCCUUGACCUAGUCUGCCAGUAGAUGCACAGAAGGCACUACAAUUGAGGCACUAGGCACUUGGGUAUGCCUCUGAUGCACUAGGGUAUAUGCACUAGGAUAUGCCUUUGUGACGGAUUGGUGAGAAUUGAAUCUAUGCGAGAGAAUAUAUUCAAGUAGCACCGCGUAUCAAUUUUCCUUAGAAGUACAGACAGUACCCUUGCUACCAAACACAUGAUAUACAUGAAAGGUACAUGAAAGGUACGUUGGAAUCUUCGGAUAUGGACGAAACAGGGCGGCUUGGCAGAAGGACAUUUACACCAAAAUUGAGAUUAAAAUUGAAACGUAGAUUGAGUUUAAACUAGUCGAUUGAGAAUUUAGACUCUUUGUAUAGUUUGCAGCAGAUUCUCAAGUUUGUAUGAAUUCAUCCACAUUUACAAUGGCACACUGUUUAAUGUCAUCUCUGCUCAACCCGUUGCGCUGACUUGAUUGCUGGCGAAAACUAAUGCUUAGGCGCACAACCAAGAGGGAUCCUGAGCUCUCCUGAGUGUAGAGUCUCUCGACGAUCGUUUCGCCACAAGGCACAAAACGAGGGACUUGGCACUCAGGAACACCAGAUGUUGGAAACUUGGACCCGCCUCUCUGUCACGAUGCCCGGAGUUCAGAAUACGGUACCACGAUUCUCUGAUGCUCAUAAAACUCGACUUGACUUUUCAAACAUGCACUACUAAUCUUGCUGCUGUGUCAAACUGUCAAGGGUUUGCACUACGUAGGGUCUAGGGUCUACGUAGAGCAAAGGGCAUUUUUGGAAGCGCCUUGUGAAUGUAGAUGGAUUCGGAGUGGUCCGGUUGUAUAAAGACUGUGCGACCCCGCACCUAUUAUAUUGUACAUGUACAUACAGUGAUUACAAGUUCUAGGAUUCUAAUUUUGUACCAGACUGUUGGAUUUGAGAAAGCCUUUAUUUGCGCAACUACAAGUAGCUCAUCUACCUUUUGCAUUUAUCAUUUUAGAACAUUUCAUUGUACAGUCUUUAUUCGUAUUGGCAAUCGCAACAUAAUUUAGGUCGACGUGUAUUUGUUUUGCGGUUGGCAUUUCAUCUCCAGUUGACUAGACAAAGUACACCACAUGUAACACCCGUGGCAGUUGCGUGUCCGAUGUCAAGGCAACGAAAGGGCAUUGCUUCUUCUGUUCUACCAGAAUAAUAGAACGAGAGACUAACUUGACCUAUACUAAAGGAACGGAAGGAUAAGCAAACUUAGCUUUCUAAGUUCGGCAUCCCUUAUGUCGAAUCCCUCAGCAUUGCGUCGCGUGUCCCCUCAUUGCAUAGGGGAUGCUAGAGGUUGGAACUUGAAAUAAGAGGUACUUGUUGAUGUUCCCUCUUGUUGUUGGACCGCCCUACUUGUCUGGAUGUUAAAAAACCCUACUAAAUAUUUCUCAACGAAGACCCGUGUUGUGGGUUGAAUGGUUUCAAGUAAUUUGCGCCUUUGAUUUGAGUUAUUGCCAUGACGAAGAAAGUCAAAUCAUGUAUUAUUUCAACGGUGCUGUUUUGUUGGUGACAGAUUAUUUAAGCUAUGCCUGCCAUACUUUAGUUAUAGUUUCAAGAAUGCAAAUAGCUGGCUUUUGGUGGUCUCGCUCAUGCAACGUCUAUUGGGAAGUCAUUUGACAUCACAUCCUGAGAUUUAGGUUAUACUCCAUAUACGUCGAGAGGCCAAGAAGGCAGUACAAUGGAACACCGUGCUCCAACCGAUAAAACUUUUGACUGCCCCUGAGCACGUUUACUCGUGCAACGACAGGGGACUCGGCGUUAACGAUGGACUGUGGGCACUGGUGAAAGAGUCUAUGGGGACUGCACUGAGCCGUCUAUCAAAAAUCAAAGUAAAGCGACUGCCAUCCCUGAGGACACCAUUCUUUUAUCGUCACGUGUGGCCGGCUUUGGUAUAAACAGCUCAGAGAAGCAUUUACACCACUUGGCCGAAAUAGAUAUGGACGAUGCGUGAGCGGGCCGGGCCCUAGCUUUCAACUGCUGUGUUUCGAUGUAAAAUAUUCAUAGUUUAUUUUAAUCUCAAUUCUAGUUGGUCCUUUAGGUAAGUUCGGAGAACCAAUAAAGGUUAUAUAUAGGAAGGAGCCAUGCAGGUCAGAUUACGUUACACGAUUUCGCCAAGAGGAGUCCCUCGCAUCUGACAGUACGUCGAACACUAUUCAUGCUUGUACGAGGGAUACCUGAUGCUCAUGGAUCAAGCACGACCCAUUAGUAUCAGUCAUCCGAAGAUGACCAAUUUGACUCCCUAGCACCUAGUACCUAACCCUUCUUUAGCAGUGGCUGCAGUGGGCUGCGUUGUUGUAUAAAUGUGAGCGCAAAAUUCAAAUCGGAAACUGGGGGGAAUUUUCGUAUUGUCAUCCGAAUUCGUCUUAUUGUUGCUUUUCUUGUUAAUUUGUAAAUACUGCGUGUUUGGUCUCAGCCCUGCAGGCUCUUAAAGGAGGAUCAGCCGUUUAAAACUUCCCGCAAAACAGACGGUCGGGUAUUUUUGUUACCGUACUCAGAAUGAGAAUUUAAACUAAGCUGGAGAAUACCAUUGGUCAACCGCUCCCCAUGUGGACGUGGAAGAUUGUUGAGGCAAGUACAGCUGAUCCUCCUUCAACUGAACAAGAAACGGCCCUAGCAUGGGUCAUGGUAAUUGAACAUUUCAGUUCGCAUGUUUACGGUAAUACUGAAACAUUGAUAGUAAUUAUUUCCUGUUAAACCAAGAGUACUUGAGUAAUUGAACAUUUCAGUUCGCAUGUUUACGGUAAUACUGAAACAUUGAUAGUAAUUAUUUCCUGUUAAACCAAGAGUACUUGAGUAAUUGAACAUUUCAGUUCGCAUGUUUACGGUAAUACUGAAACAUUGAUAGUAAUUAUUUCCUGUUAAACCAAGAGUACUUGAGUAAUUGAACAUUUCAGUUCGCAUGUUUACGGUAAUACUGAAACAUUGAUAGUAAUUAUUUCCUGUUAAACCAAGAGUACUUGAGUAAUUGAACAUUUCAGUUCGCAUGUUUACGGUAAUACUGAAACAUUGAUAGUAAUUAUUUCCUGUUAAACCAAGAGUACUUGAGUAAUUGAACAUUUCAGUUCGCAUGUUUACGGUAAUACUGAAACAUUGAUAGUAAUUAUUUCCUGUUAAACCAAGAGUACUUGAGUAAUUGAACAUUUCAGUUCGCAUGUUUACGGUAAUACUGAAACAUUGAUAGUAAUUAUUUCCUGUUAAACCAAGAGUACUUGAGUAAUUGAACAUUUCAGUUCGCAUGUUUACGGUAAUACUGAAACAUUGAUAGUAAUUAUUUCCUGUUAAACCAAGAGUACUUGAGUAAUUGAACAUUUCAGUUCGCAUGUUUACGGUAAUACUGAAACAUUGAUAGUAAUUAUUUCCUGUUAAACCAAGAGUACUUGAGUAAUUGAACAUUUCAGUUCGCAUGUUUACGGUAAUACUGAAACAUUGAUAGUAAUUAUUUCCUGUUAAACCAAGAGUACUUGAGUAAUUGAACAUUUCAGUUCGCAUGUUUACGGUAAUACUGAAACAUUGAUAGUAAUUAUUUCCUGUUAAAUCAAGAGUACUUGAGUAAUUGAACAUUUCAGUUCGCAUGUUUAUGGUAAUACUGAAACAUUGAUAGUAAUUAUUUCCUGUUAAACCAAGAGUACUGCGAACAAGAAUCAAAUAUUUGUAUUUAGAUGGACCAAUAAAGUAUGAAAUC